GGAUGAAGACUUGUUGUAUUUCUGCAGUGUUUCAGUCACUUCAUAUCUAGCUUCAAACAGCAAGUCUGUUUGCUUUUCUAUCACAACAGCUUAGCAGGGAAGUCUGGUACUGGUUCUGUUGCAGUUCUGCUGAAACUCACACAUUGGGACUGAUUGUUUCUCUGUUUCAGCUGCGGGCUCGUUUGAUGAUGAGUGUCGUUGCAGUCCAGUCUGUGAAAAUGGUGACAGCCAACAUGUUGCUGAGUGUCUUCUUUGUUUCAGGUGCUCUGGCUGGUUGUUCUAAAGAGAUAUCCAUAGUCAUUACUGCACCAAAGCAGAUGGAAGCACUGAGUGGAUCUUGUCUGCUAAUCCCAUGUAACUUUAGAGCUAAACCAGAUACGGACUUCAGCAAUACAAGAACAACCUUCGGAGUGUGGAUUAAAAAUGACAAAAGCUUUGCUCUACAUCCAAACAAUGUGAUUUUCAACAGUAGCAUGGUGAAUAAUAUCUAUCCAAUGAAGAUUACUGGAGACCUGAGUCAGAAAAACUGCACCACUUUAUUUUCCAGUUUAAUCACAAGUUACACAGACAGAUACUACUUCAGAAUUGAGGACGGGCCAUAUCUGGCAACAGCUGCUUGUGAUCCUCUUCAAAUAACAGUUAAAGAUUCCCCCCCGAGGCCCAGAAUUGAGAUCUCAGGUGAUCUGAAGGAGAAGGAGUCUGUCACUAUAAGCUGCUCAGCUUCCACUCCCUGUCCACACUCCCCUCCUAAACUCACCUGGAAUCUCCAACAAGACCCUCACAACAACAUAGAGGAGAACACAGAUCACACCUUCACAACUAAAAUCCAGAAGACCAUCACUCUGUCAGACACACAUGAUGGAUUCACCAUCAGCUGUUCUGCCACAUAUCCUGUGAAUGAAGGAAGAGAAGUCAAGACAGCAGAGGAGAGAAAGACUCUCAGUGUUUCAUAUGCUCCCAAGGACACCUCAGUGUCCAUCAGUCCAUCAGGUUUGGUGUCAGCAGGUAGCUGGGUGAACCUGACCUGCUCCAGCAGAGCCAAGCCUCCCGCCAGCUUCAGCUGGUUCAACAACAGCAAAGAUGGAGCCAUCAGUGUAGCUGAAGGAGACUUUUACAGAGUCAAAGUGACCAAUGGGACAGAUAUAGAAGAUUAUUACUGUGUGGCCACAAAUGAUCUCGGUAAUCAGACGUCAUCUUGGAUUAAUUUGAAGAGUGCAGAUAACUCUGAUAGCUCUCUAAUAUGGGUUUCAGCUGUUGGAGGGAUCAUCAUCAUCGUCAUCAUCAUCAUCAUCAUCAUCAUCAUCAUCAUCUGCCUUGCUGUCUGCGUUUGCUCUCUAAUGUCUUCCAGGUGGUUUAAGACGAAACAUCAAACUCCACAGCAGCCUCAGAGUCAAAGAGGUGAAGAGAUGAGUCUCCAAAUGCCAGCCAGCAAAACAGAAGAAGACAUCCAUUAUGGAGAGAUGGACUUCUCCAGGCAUAGACCUGAACCGUCCUCGUCCUCAGAGCAGGACAGAGGACAGCAGCAGGACACGCUGUAUGCACAGGUCAAAGUGUCCCAGACAGCAAACAGCCUAACACAGACUGCUGACGGCCCAGAGGAUCUCUACGCUCAAGUGAAGAAAAAAUGAGUGCCGUUUUGUGAAAACAUUUGGGUUGGAUUCAUUACAUACCUUUGUUUUACUCAUCCAAUAAGUUGUAUAAUGUUAGUUAUUAUAGAAAGACACCGAAAACUGGACAAUAAAAAGACAUCUUUAUUGCCCAGUUACAUUAAUGGGAACUCAAAGCCUCCACACUCUGCAGCUCAGAUAGUUCUCCCAGUCAUAUUUACUAUAAUUCAUAUUUGUGACUGACCUCAGGUGUUGUCAUGUGAUUGGUAAUCUGCAUUAUCAGUUCGGUGCAGAUGCAAGUCCCAAACCUCAAAACAGGGAACUAUUAUAAAUGACAUGUAAAUGAAUUAUAGUGAACCUGACACCAGAAGCAGUUCUGUACACAUUAACAAUGUAAAGAUUAUAUUUAAGUUUGAAAUGUUUGUGUAAUGUAAAUGUAAUACUUUACAGAUUUUUAACUAUGCAUGUUUCAUCUCAUUUACUUAUCUAUUGUGUUUCUUACAUAUUUUGUAUCCCAAAAAUGAGUGCUGUUUUGUGAUCCAUUUGGGUUGGAUUCAUAAUACACCUUAUUUUUUUUACUUGUACAAGAUUAUUUUUGUUUACAUCAGAUAAUGUAGAAAAAGAUACUGGCACUUGGACAAGAAAAUGAGAUCGGUGCAGAUACAAGUCCCAGAGCUCGAAAUGAGGAACUUUCUAAAUGACGACAUGAGAAUGAACUUGACACAAGAAGCAGCUCUGUGCACAUACUAAAAGUAAAUAUUCUAUUUAAAUGUGACAUUUUACAAUUUUUAAUAUCAUGUACUUAUCUAUUGUGUUUCUUACAUAUUUUGUAUUCCACAUUUCUAUUUGUAUUAAAUGAACAUGAGACAGUUUCUGAAUUUGAAGAGAUUUAUUCAUUGCACUGUAAUAAAAACCAUUGCAUACAACUUUCUAAAAAUACCUAAUUAAUCUCAGUUGCAUUUAUUGGUCCAACAUUUCACAUAUUGUGUGUAAACAUCACCUGAAAUCAUACAAUAAUCACAAACAAUACAAAAGCAGCUAGAUGACUUCUGCAUAGUAAUUCUCACAGGAAAUCUGCUACCAUGUUUUGAGUAGUUAAUGGACUUCUGAUAUUUAUUUAAUGGAAUAUGAAGCUCAAUAAAAAAUAAAAAAGGGCAUUUCAUGACAUUUUCAUGA